AUGUGGUUUCAAGGGCCGUCUUUUCUACUAAAAGACUCAACUGAGUGGCCAAAUACUGUCAAAGAAUUCAAAACUACUGAAGAAUUACACUUAGAAGAACAGGUUGUUUUGACUACAACACUAUCUUUGAAUGUUCUUGAAAAAUUAAAUGAUCGAAUAUCACGUUUCACUCGUAUGGUCCGCGCUCUUGCUUACUUUUAUAGAGCAUACAACAAUUUUCGGUUCAAAUCGAAAACUAAAUUACCACUUCAGGUGAAUGAAAUAAGAAAAGCUGAGAAUGAAUUCCUUAAAUACUACCAAGAAUCUGAUUUCGCUGAUGUCCUGUCAUCGGUUCGGAAAAAGGUCCCUGUGACGAGUAAAAAACUAAAACGGCUAUCCCCCUUUCUAGAUGGCAAUGGAAUUUUGCGAGUAGGUGGCAGGCUUAAUAAAGCUGAUUUACCAUAUGACAGUCAGCAUCAAAUUAUACUACAUAAAGAUAGCCCUAUUGCCUAUAAAAUUAUUCAUGAUUGCCAUUUGAGGAAUUUACAUGCUGUACUCGUCGCUACAGUGCGACAAAGAUUUUGGAUAGUGGGUGUACGUGAACUAGCUAAACGCAUCUGUUAUAAUUCUGCAGUCUGUCAACGCUACAGUGCCAAAGCCAACGACCAACUAAUAGGCGACCUUCCCAAGUUUCGUGUCAAUGCUGCCUUUCCUUUUUAUGAAGUCGGUUGUGACUAUUCAGGUCCCAUAAACAACAUAAUGGACGCAAAUCUCCUAUAG